AUGUCCAGCGAAGACAAUGUACGAGUAGUGGUCAGAUGUAGACCGCUGUCCACUGAAUUAGAGGCCGAUCAAGAUAUAUGUGUCGAUUUGAAUAGCGACGGCCGUACCAUUCGGUUGGCUUCCCGUGAGUUUACAUUUGACCGUAUUUUCGGUUUGGACUCAACACAGGCUCAAGUAUUUCGUGAAUCGGCUCAGUAUAUAGUCGACUGUGUUGUUCAGGGAUAUAAUGGCACUAUCUUUGCUUACGGCCAGACAGGAACCGGCAAAACAUAUACAGCAUCGGCUAUACUAUUGAAUAGUUUUGAUCACAUAUUUGAUUAUAUAUCCAAAAGUGCAAACGACACCAAAUUUCUGGUCAGAGCUUCGUUUUAUGAGAUAUACAAUGAAGAGAUCAGAGACCUACUGUGCAAAAACAAUUUAAAACCACUGGAGCUGAAAGAGUCGACACAAUGCGGUGUUUAUGUAAAAGAUUUGUCGUGUUAUGUGGUCAACAGUGUCUCGGAUUUGACAAAACUAAGACAAUUGGGCGAAAAACAGCGAUCAGUGGCCGCAACUAAUAUGAAUAGAGAGUCGAGUCGGUCGCACACCAUCUUUACGAUAACCGUCGAAAUGAUUAUCGGAAACGAUUCGAAAACAUCAUCGCUAAGAGUCGGUAAAUUCAAUUUAGUCGAUUUGGCCGGAUCUGAGAGACAGUCCAAAACGGGUACAUCUGGCGAUCGGCUGAGAGAAGCGGCCAAAAUCAACCUAUCGUUGACAUCAUUAUCGCUAGUUAUCGCCGCUCUUACCGAUAGUAAAGCAACACAUAUUCCCUACAGAAAUUCAAAGUUAACCCGUAUUUUAUCGGAUUCAUUGGGAGGAAACUCAAAGACAUUACUAAUUGCUUGCAUUGGUCCGGCAAAGAUGAAUAUCGACGAAAGUUUAAGUACACUUAGGUUUGCAAGUAAUACAAAACAUAUCAAAAAUAAAGCCAUUAUUAAUGAGGACACCAAAGAUGCUCUAUUAAGAAGAUUUCAAAAACAAAUCGAUGAACUCAAACAUCAACUGGAACUGGAAGGUGAUGUCGAUAUGGAUAACAAUGAUACCAAUGAUGCUAAUAAUAAUAAUGAUGAUAAAAAUGGUGAAUCAAAUGGUAAGCCAAUGAUACCGAACGAGAUUCUGGAGAAACUCAAGAGUUUGGAGAAUAAGAUUUGUUUUGGCGGCGAAAAUCUCAUCGAAAAGGCUGAACUACAACAACGAUUGAUUGCCGAAAGUGAAACUGAAUUACAAGAAAGACGUGAAAAAGAAAGACAACUACAGCUAACUCUUGAGCUAAGACAACAAGAAUUUCUCAGAAUUGAAGAGACUUACGGAACACUUCAGGAGGAAGUGAUGGCAUUAAAUAAAAAACUUAAAAAAGCAUUUUAUUUUUUAAAAGAUGCAAAAAGUGAAUUAAGUGAUACACAAUGUGAUUAUGAAAAACUACACGAAGAUCUAUUGGAUUCAAUACGUACGGCUAAUAAGGAAAUCAAAUUAACUAAUUGUCUAAUCAAUCAUUAUAUACCUGAUUCAAAACUAGAAAUAAUACACAACUCUGUCGCCUAUAAUGAUUUGGUGGGCGAGUGGCAGCUCAGGUGUAUUGCAUAUACCGGUAAUAAUAUGCAACAGAAAUCAAUUGAUCAAAGUGUUUCACAAUCGCAAACUAAUUUGGAUCUGCAAAAUGUUUAUCUAACAUAUAAUAAAUAUUAA